AUGGAUGAAGAAGAUAUCCCCAAGACUGCAAAUAUAUCAGUGUUUACACCAAUAAUCUAUUUGAUUAUAUUGUUAUCAUGUUUCAUUGCAUUUUCCAUUAUUUAUAGAAGAAGAACUGUAAGAAACUUACAAAAGAUUGAUCCAAUAUUUGAAGAGAAUUAUCCUUUAAUAAUGUAUUCUAUUUUAAAAGAUCAAUACAAUGAUCCAAAUUUAUCUAAAGAGCAAAAACCACAUGAAAAAGUUAUGAAGGCUGCAUUAUUAAGAAGGGGAGUUGAAGCCAUUAGAAGAUCAUUAAAAUUAAAAGAAUCAGAAUCAGUUUAUAAGAGUUUAUAUGAAAAUGGUUUAAUUGGAGAUGAUAUUUUCAAACAAUAUAACAUUCAAGUUAAAUUCCAAGAACUUGAAAUUCAAGAAAUUGCCAGAGAUUGUGAACUCUAUAAAAAAGGUUGGACUGCCAAUUUCUUUAAAGUAGCUCAAGAAGUUUGUUUCAAUGAAGCUUUAAGAAGAAGAAUCUUAAUUAUUGAAGAUAGAGCUAAGGAUUUAUCUGAUACCUGGGAAUAUUAUGAACAAGAAGUCGAAAAGAUUGAAAAUAUCAAGAAAAUCGAUAAUACUAAAGCUUCAGGUGUAGAAAAGAAUCCAUCAGCUUAA